UCCUUCACAACGACGUGAAAAGAUAUACACGCAGAAGUUCAGCACGUUUUCGCAGAGAAAAAUAAUAGAAAUGGAGGCCACAGAUGUCGUAAUGACCAUAUAUAUUCCAAGGAUGUACGGAAUAGGUUAUGUGUUUGAUGGAAUGUUUGACAAAAAGAUAGUCAAUCAAUGUGAAAAGAAGAUCAAAGAAUUGGAAAAGGAGAUAAAAAGACACAACCAAAUUUACAAAAAAUUGCAGGAUCAGCAAAAGGUGUGUUGGCUUGCCAACAGAAAAGUUACACACAAGUUGGAUACUUCAAAGAAGAUUAAUGAUUACAUAGUAGAAAUAAUUGUAAGUGCACAUGAAGAACACACUACACGAAAAGCAAUAAAUAAAAUUCAGAAACAUCUUCAACAAACAUUAAAGCAAGCGAAAAGGACGGAACAAAAGUACCAAGAUCUUCUGAAACAGGAGUCCAGGAUAAGAUUAUCUGUCAAAAAGCUGGAACAGGACAUAGUCAAAAUGAUUGAAUUCCAAGUGAAUGAUAGGACACUUACUCCAACGCAUGUUAAUAGUAGUAUACACACAAUCAUACCGAUACAAACUGUUGUGCAGAGGAUGAGUAGCAAAUACCAGUUUACAAUGCCUCAGGAAUUUAAUGAAAAGUAUGGAUGCUAUGCAAGGUUGCCGGAUUUUGAACUAGUCAAGCGUGAAUUCCGUAGAUGAAGACAUAUACAAUAUAACGUUUUGUAAAUCACUUUUUGAGGUUGUUUUAUUUCAUGUUUUUAUAAAAUAAAUUAUAAUAUAUU